AUGAAUGCAUCUCCUCCUCAGUAUGCAAUCACAUUUGCUUGGUUGCUAUGUGUAAUAUUAUUUAUGUUCAAGACGGGUUCGUGGAGCUUCAUGAUCCGUUGUAACCAGAAAGACAAGCAUGCUCUCUUAAACUUCAAGCAAGGAGUCACUGAUCCAUCAGGUAUGCUCUCAUCAUGGUCCACUACAAAAGAUUGUUGUGAAUGGAGGGGAGUGACUUGUGACAACGUCACAAGUAGAGUCACUGAACUCCGUCUCCCAUGUUCUACAGCUCUUCUUCCAACUUAUGUUGACAAAGUGGAUAAAUCACACUGCGUUACAGGUUCUAUUCAUUUAUCUUUUGUGGACUUCGAAUUUCUAAAUUACUUGGAUUUGAGCAAUAAUGAUUUCUUGGCUAUCCAAUUUGACUAUGUUAAUAGUCCAUAUGAUCAUAAUCGAUCUCUUGCUACCUCUCCUCGUCAAUCUGUGAACUCUUCAGUUCUUCGUUAUCUUGAUUUAUCAGAUAAUGAGAAUCUUGCCAUUGAUAAUCUUCUAUGGCUUUCCCGCCUUUCUUCCUUGGAAUAUCUCAACCUUGGUCGCAUUGAUCUGCACAAGGAAACUAAUUGGCUUCAAUUAGUGACUAUGCUUCCAUCACUUACAGAGUUGUACCUGAGUCAUUGUCAACUUAAAGACUUGAGUCCGUCUCUUCAAUAUGCUAAUUUUACUUCACUUCAAGGUCUUUAUCUUUACAAUAAUGAAUUUGACUCGGAGUUACCUAAAUGGUUAUUCAAUCUUUCUAGUGGCAUUUCUUAUAUUGAUUUUUUGGGUAAUUCUUUGAAAGGCCAGCUACCGAAGGCAUUGCCAAAUAUUCGACAUCUGAAAUCCUUGAAUUUGGCAGUCAAUAACUUCAAUGGACCAAUUCCAGAUUGGCUAGGACAACUUGAACAUUUGCAAGAGCUUGUUCUUACAGUGAACAAGUUUUCUGGAUCUAUUCCCACAAAUUUGGGAAAUCUGUCAUCCUUAGUGGUCUUGUAUUUCGGCAACAAUAAUUUGACCGGGGUUGUGUCUCCCAGAAAUUUUGUAAAACUAUCAAAGUUGAAGUAUUUGAGUAUAUGCGUAUCACCACCGUUAAUCUUUGAUUUUGAUCCCCAUUGGGUUCCUCCUUUUCAACUUGACGACAUAUGUUUAGCAUUUGGUGGUUCUAAACCUCCUGCAUGGCUAUACACACAAAGAUCCCUUGAUCUUCUAGCCAUUUUUCACUCAUCAUUUGAGGCUCAAGAUGAGUUUUGGAAUUUUGCAUCAAUGACGAAGGUCGAGCUAGAUUUAGAAGAUAAUUCAAUAGAUGGGGACAUUUCAAAUGCGGUGUUGAACACUACAUUCAUAGCUCUGUCAAACAAUAAUUUGAAAGGUGGUUUGCCUCGACUAUCAUCAAAUGUGGCCCUUAUUGAUUUAUCAAACAACCUAUUGUCAGGAACCAUCUCUCCCCUUUUGUGUGAUCCUAAGAUGCUGAAUGGGAAAAGCAAUUUGUUAUAUUUGGAUCUCUCUAACAAUCAUCUAUCUGGAGGGCUUACAAAUUGUUGGAAGAACUGGAAGUCAUUACUUCAUAUUAACUUGGGAAGCAAUAACUUAACAGGAGAGAUACCCCCAUCAAUGGGCUUAUUAUCUAAUCUUACUACGUUGCAUCUGCAUGAGAAUGAGCUCUAUGGUGAGAUAACUCCCAUGUUGCGGAAUUGCCCUCUUCUGGUCUUUAAUGUUCGUGAAAAUAACUUUUCAGGAAAUAUACCAAAUUGGAUACCACAGAGUGCAAAGGCUCUCCAAUUAAGGUCCAAUCAAUUCACAGAGAAUCUUGAGCUUUUUACCAAGGGUCAAGUAUCAGAAUACAAACAAACCCUGCACUUUAUGACCUUAGUUGAUCUUUCCGGCAAUGAUAUAUCUGGAACAAUACCUCCACAACUGUUUAGCCUCAUUGGAUUGCAUUCCUUGAACUUGUCCUUCAAUAAAUUGGAGGGAAGAAUACCAGAAGAGAUUGGCAACAUGAAAAACUUGGAGUCCCUUGAUUUAUCAACAAACCAACUUUUGGGUGAAAUUCCUCAGGGCAUGUCCAGUCUAUCCUUUCUCAGUUUCUUAAACCUGUCAUUCAACAAUCUCACGGGCAAAAUACCAUCAGGCACACAACUUCAGGGGUUUACUGAACUAAGCUACAUAGGAAAUCGUGAUCUUUGUGGACUUCCACUUCAAAAAAUCUGCUUGCAGGAUGGUCAAUCAAAAGACACAAAGCCAAUGGAUGAAGAUGAGGAUGAAUCUGAAUUUUUGUCAUGGUUUUACAUUGGCAUAGAAUGUGGAUUUGCCGUGGGCUUUUUGGGAUUCUGCUGUUGCAUUUUCUUAAAUAGGAAAUGGAGACACGCUUACUUCAAAUUCCUUUAUGGCUUAGAAGAUCGACUUUGUCGUGGUUGUCAUCGAGGUUAACUCCUUUCGGAUGAGAUUGAACAAGUUGCUUGCAU